GCUCCCCCGGCAGUAACUCCCAGACGCCACCCCGCCAGACAAGCUGCCAGCCGGUGUGCCUUCUUCCUCUCUCACGCACCAGCCCCCGGUUCCACCACCUCCCUCUGGAGAGAGCGCCAUGAGCACUGAGAGCAUGAUCCGGGACGUCGAGCUGGCGGAGGGGCCGCUCCCCAAGAAGGCAGGGGGGCCCCAGGGCUCCAAGCGCUGCCUCUGCCUCAGCCUCUUCUCUUUCCUGCUCGUGGCCGGAGCCACCACGCUCUUCUGCCUGCUGCACUUCGGGGUGAUCGGCCCUCAGGGGGAAGAGCAGUUCCCAAAGAACCUCCAUCUAGUCAACCCUCUGGCCCAGACGUUCACCCUCAGAUCAGCUUCUCGGGCCCUGAGUGACAAGCCGCUAGCCCACGUAGUAGCAAACCCACAAGUGGAGGGCCAGCUCCAGUGGCUGAGCCAGCGUGCGAACGCCCUGCUGGCCAACGGCAUGAAGCUCACGGACAACCAGCUGGUGGUGCCGGCCGACGGGCUGUACCUCAUCUACUCCCAGGUUCUCUUCAGGGGUCAAGGCUGCCGCUCCUACGUGCUCCUCACUCACACUGUCAGCCGCUUCGCCGUCUCCUACCCAAACAAGGUCAACCUCCUCUCUGCCAUCAAGAGCCCCUGCCACCGGGAGACCCCCGAGGGGGCUGAGCCCAUGGCCUGGUACGAGCCCAUCUACCUGGGCGGCGUCUUCCAACUGGAGAAGGGUGACCGGCUCAGCACCGAGGUCAACCAGCCCGAGUACCUGGACCUUGCCGAGUCCGGGCAGGUCUACUUUGGGAUCAUUGCCCUGUGA